UGGGACAUGAGGAGGAGGAAGAGGAGGAGGCAGAGGAGGAAGGUGUGGACCUCCACCCCCACCCCCCACAACGGGACAGGCCCAGAGACCCAGACCGCCAACAGGUGUGUGUCUUUAGUCCACUAGGGUCCAACAGUUGAUGAGGACCAGAUCCAGCGUGACGAGCGAUUAGAAUUGUAAUCUGGACGAGGACAGCUAAUUAGACUCUUUCAAGAACCGCUCGCGGUUCGUGUGUGUGUGUGGGGGGGGUGGUCCUGCUCGGCCCCUUGUGAGGACACCUGUCGUGGAUUCGUGCGUCGGUCCAAUCAUGUCCACCAGACCAAGCAGCCACACGGUGCAGGACCACAACCAGAGUCCGGGAGACUCCUUCCCGGCGGAGACGUUCGCCGAAUUCCAGGACUGGUGCCUGAGGACUUACGGGGACUCCGGCAAGACCAAGACCGUCACCCGGCGCAAGUACGGCCAGAUCCUGCAGACUCUCCUGCCGCAGGGGGGCGACGAGACCCGGACCGAGAGGCAAGACAAGAAUCACAUUAACGCCAAAUUCAAAUUUUGGGUCAAGUCCAAAGGCUUCCUGGUCCUGCAGGACGACAGGACCGGAUCCACGGAGAGAACGGUUCUUUACGUCCCAGUCAAGACCACGUGUGUGGAUGCUGCGUCUGGCGGCGACUCGUCCCUGAAGCGCGUGGCGGUGGUGGAGGACUUCUUCGACAUCAUCUACGCCAUGCACGUGGAGGUCAGCGACCCCGGGAAAGCUCCCAAGCACGCCGGGCAGAAGAAGACCUACAAAGCCAUCGCAGAGACGUACGCCUUCCUGCCCAGAGAGGCGGUGACUCGCUUCCUGAUGAGCUGUGGCGAGUGUCAGAAGAGGAUGCAUAUCAGCACCACGCCGCCGGACUGCAAAGAGAACGACAGGCCGGGCUCGGUGUCGGCCGUGUUGGACUUCACGGAUCAUCUCAGCGGUCGCGCCACGCCUGUCGUGAAGCCUACGUCGCUGCAGCGCGUCAGCAACAGCAACACGGAUGACGCCUCAGUGAACAGCGAGGACGAGCCCGACAUGAGCGAGCCCUCGUGGCUAGCGGCCGACCUCGGAGCGCCGUCCCAGCUGAGCCCGGCGGUGCGAGGGGACAGGAUGCGCCACAGUCCCAACAACGCAAGCAACAAGGAGGAUGACGAUGAUUCCUCGUCGGAGAGCGGCAGCGGCCUGCCUGCCCUCACCCCUGCCUCGGCCGCCGCCACGGACGCCGCCUUAGUCAGAGAAGCCGAGGUCGUCAACGGCAAUUGCGGCCCCGCCCCGCUCGACUUCAGCACGCCGACGUCCUCCUCCUCGUCCUCCGAGGACCAGCAGCCCGUGAACCUGAGCGACCCGCCCCCUCAGAGGCUGCCACUGAGCGCCUCCCACCUGCCCGUUACCGUGUCGGCGGCGGCGGCGGCACUGUUGGGCGCCCUGCAUCCUAAUGCGCAGGAGGAGCUGCGCAGGAAGUACCCGCUGGCCGCCAAACCUCCGCUAGCGCCGCAUGCCGCCUUGCCCAUGCCGCUGACACACACCCCGCACACGCAUGCCUCACAAGGCAGCGAGCUGCGACUGGACCGCGACUACGCCAACAAGUCACCCGUAUACAGUUCUGGGGGCAGCUACGACAGUGUGAAAAUGGAUCUGAGCGCCGAGGACCUGAGCACGAGCCGCCAUGGUGGCCAUGUCGCCCCAGAUGACGACGACGACGACCACGAUGACCACGACGACAGUGAUAAGAUCAACGACACGGAAGGCGUCGACCCUGAGAGGCUAAAGGCCUUCAAUAUGUUUGUGCGGCUGUUUGUGGAUGAGAACUUGGACCGCAUGGUUCCCAUCUCCAAGCAGCCCAAAGAGAAGAUCCAAGCCAUCAUCGAGUCAUGCAGCAGACAAUUCCCGGAAUUCCAGGAGCGCGCCCGUAAGCGCAUCCGCACCUACCUCAAAUCCUGCCGACGCAUGAAGAAGAACGGCAUGGAGACUCGUCCCACUCCGCCUCACCUGACCUCGGCCAUGGCGGAGAACAUUCUGGCGGCCGCCUGCGAGAGCGAAUCACGCAAUGCUGCCAAGAGAAUGCGCCUGGAAGCCUUUCAUGACGAGCAGGUCUCUCUGGACAAGCCAUCUAGCUGUGGCGGCGGCGCUCUGAGGGAGCCGGCGUCAUUGGCUCACUCCGCCUACUCUCUGGCCGCAUCCACCUUCUCCAACCAGGAGCCUCAGCUCUACAUCAACGGAGCCGGCCUCAGCUAUGGUUACCGUGGUUACCUGGGCCUGAGUGCCGCCAUGCAACACCCCAUUUCCCUUACAACCGGCACCACCGCUCAGAGCAAUGGGCCCACAGACCUCAGCAUGAAGUCCUCAGCCAACAUCACUAGCUCCGCCCCCUCAGCCAACCAUUGCCUUGGUGGGCGGGGAGGCGGCGGCGGAGGAGGCGGGGCCUCGGCCCAGCUCAGCCAACCGGAGAUCUCGGCUGUGCGUCAACUGAUCGCCGGCUACCGGGAGUCAGCGGCUUUCCUGCUCCGCUCGGCCGACGAGCUCGAGAACCUCAUCCUGCAGCAGAACUGAAGAUCUCGCACACGCACGCACGCAAACACACACACACACACACACACACACACACACACUUUGUUGGAUUUGUGUCUUUUUUGUUGGGUUGAAACUUUUCAUCAAUGAGGGACCCUGAGAGAUGCCGCCAUGCCUGAAAGAUUCUUUGUGUGAAGCAGGGUGGGCACUUGGACCCAAAGGGAGGGCUUUGGAACUAUUGUGGCGGCACUAGGACCCUGGGGGCAGGCACUAGGACCGUGGAGCAGGCACUUGGAACAUGGGGGCAGGCGCUGGGACCCUGGGGGCAGGCGCUGGGACCCUGGGGGCAGGCACUGGGACCCUGGGUACAGGCACUUGGACCCUGAGGGCUCCUCUGCUGCUCACAAUCAGCUCAGCCAUUGGAUGCCAUCUUGUCCAUCAAGAUGAUUGGACGUGGUGUUUGCGUGUAUAUAAAUAUAUAAGUAGAUGCUCUCUGUGUCUGAUAGCACUUUGCCCCGCCCCCUUCCUGCCUACUUAAUAUGCAUCCCGGACGCCAUCUUGACCAGACCAGGAAAUACCUCAAUCAUCCACUUCCUGUUCCUGCUGCUGUAAAUAGAUAAUGACCAGGACGCCGACGGCGAUGAUGAAGAUGCGUGUGCGUGUGAGGGGUUAUAAUCUAAUUAGCGUGUUAAUGACCUGUAACUGUUCAAAGCCCCUCCCCCUUUUCUUCUUUUUCUUCUUGGACCUCCUCCUCCUCCUUCUUCUUCAUGGACCUAAUGCUAAGGAAGAGGAAGUAGUGACUUGUGACGUUGCUGCUAACAACCUUCUGCCAUAGACUGACGACUGACCUCUGGCGCGACCUCCACUUCAACCAAAAUUAACCUUAAGUUUUUGUUUUUUUAUGCAGACUUUUUAUUAUUUAUGUCUUUGGUGGAUGCCAACGUGGCGCCAACGCCUUCACGCGGCACAGUUGGCUUUUGGGCUAAUGAGAAACCUCCAUUUUGCUGUCGGAAGCCACGCCCUCUUCAUCACGCGAAAUGCGUGAUGCCUAAAAAUGAUCUUUAGUUUUGAACGCCUCGUACAGCUCGCGCGGCGAGUUUCUGCGUAGGAAGGUUAGCGUCUAAUUUAAGAGAAUUUCUACUUGGAGGAUUUUGAGUGCGACCUUUUAACGAGUCGCAAGGUUACAAAACGUCUGUCUUCGUUUUUUUUUAUUCAAACAAAUAAGCGCCAUCACAUGACGGUUGCUAACGGGAUGUUUUUGCUAAAAAAAUACAACAAAUUGUGAAGAAGUCAAAUGAGCGCGCUAAUUGCGACUGUGAUAUUUACUCACCUUAUCGGCUGCGGGGGCGGCGUGGAGGGGGCGGGGUUUGCCGAGGUGUUGUCGUUUUCGUUGCGAUGCAGCUGAUAAUCACGUUACGUUCCCUCAGCGCUACGUGGCUAGCCGUCCGAUGCGCCGCGUUAAGCCAGAAGCGUUUUUGGGGGGGGGAUUUGCGGAAAGUUCCAGAUUAGAACUGUGAAGAAUGAUUUUGUGGUCCUUUUGUUGGUAAAUAUGCAAAAAGUCAGCUGAGGGCGGGGCUUGGGGGGCGGGGCUCUGAUGUCAGGCAAGUGAAGUUCUUCUUUGAUGUUUCACGAGGCUCCGGUCCGUGCUUACGCUAGCUGUCGUUGACGCUGUCCCGGUUCUGUUAUGUUUUGUUCUGUUUUGACCCGGUCUCAGUUGCUGGUUGACGGGACCCGGGUCCACACGUGGACCUGGUGGUGCAGACCAACACGCUUUACUUCCCUUUCUUCCCCAAAGAUCUCGCAUGUCAACGCAUCGGAACCUCCCGCGCUUUUGCUUUCCGAUCUCCAAGUCCUUUUUGUUUUCGUCAUGAAAGAGGUCACCUGUGAGCCGCUGAGUGCAGAACCCGCACCAGAACCUCCAAUGAAGCAAAUGACAAUCUUUACAAAGUUGGAAUUUGCUCUUUCAGCCGUGAAAGAAAAACUCCGCCUCCUGACGGCCGAUAUCAGAUUGAUUUUUUCCGUCUAAUGUUCCGAUAGUUUUGUGUUUUGGGGACAUUUUGUACGAUGUUCCUCAGCGUUUGCUGGAAACGCACUUCGAGGAACGUUCACCCGGCCGGCAUCACACAACGCUCGGCUAGCAGUCAGCUGACCUGGUAGACACGCCCCCUGCUGGCUGGAAGCAAAAUGGGUGGAUUUAUUUGGUGAUGUCUGUUGCGAGAAAUGUAACGUUCAGAGUCAUUUGUUCACGUCAGUUCUGAUGCCAGUCGAGUGACCACAAACUCUGUCAACAUGUAGAAAAAGAUUUUUAUUUUUAUUUUUCUACGGCACACGUACAACCGAGACGUUACGUUUAUUCCUCGUCUUCUCAUUGUUCCAUUGCGAUUGCUCGAUGGCUCCGCCUCUUUUCGCCCUUCAUGAGUUCACUCAGUGGAAGUGUGAUGUUUACAUGUACAGAAUUCUUUGCGUUUUUGGUUCUUCUCACAUCUGACUCCCCCACCCCACCCACCCACCCCUCCAACUCAUGAAGCUUGUCGCCAGAGACACGCCAACAUUUUCAAUUUCAGUCGCUCGCUUUUCUUUGCCUUUUUUAGGCUUUCUCUCGUUACGUCUUCAAAACUGUUUGCUAGCCGUGCGUCCAGACUGGAUGCUAACACCUUGUUGGCAUUUAGCCAUGUACUGUAUCUAUAAAGGAUGCUAACUGAUUGUUAGCCAUACGCCAACCGUUUAUGGGAAUUUAGCCAUGCAUCCAUAAGGAGAUGCUAAGACGUUGUUAGCUUUUAGCCAUGCAUCGAUAAGCAGAGACUAACAAGUUUUAGGCAUUUGCUCGUUCAUCCAUUAGUGAUGCUGACAGGUUGUUAGCAUUCAGCCUGGUGUCAACAAGGGAACGUUAACAUGUUAGCAGUUAUCCAUGCAUCCACAAGGGAAGUUAACAGGUUAGCAUUUACUGUUAGCCAUAUGUCAGCACGGGGCCCUCACAGGUUGCUAACAAUUAGCCGGGCCUCUACAAGGGAUGCUAACAGGUUGUUAGCCUUUGUUGGUUUGUUUUUACUGUUGUGUUUGUGGUCACGGGAUGCUAACAGCUAGCUAAGAAAAUGAGGGUGAAGAAACGUAAUGCGACUGGUUUUGAAAACAUGUCAUUGUUUAUUUUUUGGUCGCUUUGUGUUUGGGGUGGGUUGGGGGGAGUGGCCAUUGACCUCCGAGGUAACGCCACACACACACACACACACACACACACACCAAUCAGUGAGAGAGAAUGACAAGCCAUAGCGCCCUGCGUUCGGGGGGCUCUAUUAGUAUAUUUAGCGAGCGUGAAGGCUGCAGACGACACAAGUCAACCUCAGGAAAAAAGAAUAAAAUUUGAAGAAAAAAAAAGGUUUUUUGUACAAAAUCUCGCGGCCAUUACCCUCCCUCUUUGAUACCAUUCAACUUUUGUAUUUAUUAUCAUUAUUAUUGUUAUUAUUAUGCUCUUUCUUAUGGCAGUUGAGCUUUUUUUCUGUGUGGAAAUACGAUAGCGUUAAAAAUGUCCAAUCAUUUGUUGGCUGAAUGAAGAGAACAUGUCACUCUGCUGUGAACAAACCAAUGAUUGUUCUGAGCUUCUAUUUCUUUAUGUGACGUCACUGCUGACCGUUUGUUUUUUGUGCUUGUUACCUCCUGAGCUGUACAACACAAAGCUAAAUAUACUAAUAAAACUGUGUGCUAACUCGCUGGCUAGCAGUCUGUCAUCUUCACGCAAAAAACUUCAUUGAUGCUGUAAAAAUGACGAAGUAUCAGGGCCACAUUGAAACACAAAAUCUGACAUUUCAAGAAUAAAGUCGAUUGUCGUAAGUUUCCGACUAUAAUUCUUGUAAAUGUACCACUUCAUCCUCGUAAUACAACGUUUUUGUCGUAAAUGUAUGACUCGUAAUAAUAUGACUUUUUUUCCCGUAAUAUUAGGACUUU